GUUCAAUAGUUGGUAUCGUUCGUAUCAUAUGUCAAUCAAACUCAAUAAAAUAAAAAAACGUGCGAGCGCGUGAAGUGUGGCGUAUUUACGGCACACAGCGGCAAGUCCCACGUUGCCUUCGAAAUCUCUUAUCGUUAAUAAAGACAUUCAUAAAUAGUUGAUCUCGUUAUUUCCGUCGCGCAUACCGCGAGUGACGGCCGAGAGGUCAUUUUAAUCCGCUGAUGAAAUCAAGUGCACCGUACGAACAAGUAGUGAAUAAACUAGACAACCUCCUUCCUCUAACCACAAGAAUGCCGAACAUCAAAGUCUUCAGCGGGAGCUCCCACCCCGACCUAGCACAGAAGAUUGUCGAUCGCCUGGGCAUCGAUCUUGGUAAAGUCGUAACCAAGAAGUUUAGCAACAUGGAAACGUGCGUCGAGAUCGGCGAGUCGGUGCGUGGGGAGGAUGUUUACAUCGUGCAGAGCGGCAGUGGCGAGAUCAACGACAACCUCAUGGAGUUGCUUAUUAUGAUCAACGCUUGUAAAAUAGCGUCGGCUUCGCGCGUCACUGCCGUUAUCCCGUGCUUCCCGUACGCGCGUCAGGACAAGAAAGACAAAAGCAGAGCCCCCAUCACUGCCAAGCUCGUCGCUAACAUCCUGUCCGUCUCCGGCGCCGACCACAUCAUCACUAUGGACCUCCAUGCCUCGCAAAUCCAGGGAUUCUUCGACAUACCAGUAGAUAACCUCUUCGCCGAACCCGCCGUGCUAAAGUGGAUCAAAGAGAACAUUCCUGAUUGGAAGACCAGCAUUGUAGUGUCCCCUGAUGCUGGUGGAGCUAAGAGAGUCACAUCCAUAGCUGAUCGAUUGAAUGUAGAGUUUGCUCUCAUCCACAAAGAGAGGAAAAAAGCUAAUGAAGUAGCUUCAAUGGUGUUGGUUGGUGAUGUGAAGGACCGCACAGCCAUCCUGGUGGACGACAUGGCAGACACAUGCGGCACCAUCUGCCAUGCUGCUGAGAAAUUGAUUGAAGCCGGUGCUAUCAAGGUAUAUGCUAUCUUAACACACGGUAUCUUCUCAGGACCUGCCAUUUCGAGGAUCAAUAAUGCGUGCCUAGAAGCUGUUGUUGUCACAAACACGAUCCCACAAGAGAGACACAUGCAGGAGUGUCCCAAGAUCCAGUGCAUUGAUGUCUCCAUGAUGCUAGCAGAGGCAGUGCGACGCACACAUAACGGGGAGUCUGUCUCAUACCUGUUCUCUAAUGUUCCAUAUUAGUUUAAUUUUCUUUUUUAUGUUACAUAUUUUAGGAUGAGGGAUCCAACAUCUAAAGUUAAAUAAGGUAUGGCCAAUAUAGAUUGGACAUGCUUGUUAUUGUUAGUUUAACCUGCAGGUUAAUGAUAAGCUCGAAACUCAGUGAUAUUUUAUUGUGGAGAGGAAUAAUAUUUCAUGUUUGAGACAGUUGGAAGCCUGCUAACAUUAGUUUUAAUGAGCUCAUGGUAACAUGAGUUUAUUAUAGUGAAGAUUCUUUAAUCUCAUUAAGUUUUAUUAUGAUCAACUCCGAGAAGUAUAUAAUUUCUAUAUCAAACACAGAGGUUAAUAAUUUAUAUAAUUCCAUAUAGUUUUACACACAUUGAAAUUAGUUUUGUGAUAAAUAGACCUGUUAGACAAACUUUCUUGCUGUCUAACUCUAAUAUCUAUUGCAGCCACUAUUGCAUCUAUUGCAGGCAGAGAGUGGGGUUGUUAUUGUAGACAAGUGAUAAAUCGUGAUUAAGCCUUCCAUGUCCCUAUAAUUUCAAAAUGAAAUAUUGUAUACUUAAAGUUGAUGAAUUUUCAAAUGUAACGAAAAUUAAUUUAGCGCAUUUUUAUGUAGUUUUCAUUCCAAUCCUGCCAUAAAAUUGUUAUUUCUUCGGAGUCUGCAUUUAACUUUAUAUGUAUAAUAGAUUUUGUUGAAGUUUUCAUGACUAAAAUGUAUUUUACUUUUAAAAUUUUGUUGAAUAUUAGUUCUAAAUGAAUCAUUGACAAUUUGAUUUGCCUAAUCGAGUUGAAAAAUGAUUUAUUUCGUUUUUCAAUUAGAGUUAUAUUUCCAAAAUAUUUUUAAUGUGUACAUUUGUCAAUUGUUUCAACCUAGAAAGCUUUUCUGUAUCUAAAUUCAUGUGAUGAUUAAAAAAGAGAAAUAUUAAUGCUUUCACAAGCAUCAUUAUCAAUGUGUAUUUGAUAAGGCAUGCAUAAAAUUACAUAAACUUGAUUAGAUUGUUUGUAUUGGCAAUGUUAGUCAAAAUAAUAAUGUAUAGUUCUGCGAAUUGGCCAGUUGCCUAAUGUAUAUUGUGAUCAGAGAUUUUCUAAAUUUAUAGAAACUAUUAUUCCAUAUACCUACUUAUUAUUAAGGCAUUAAUAAAAAUACUUCGUACAUCUUU